AUGGGGAGACAAAGUGGAAAGCGGCGUCUUGGCAAGUCGCAUCACCGCUCGUACGCCGAGUUUCGAGUUGGCGCAGACUCCCACCAGGGCUACAUCAUAGAAGCGAUGGUGGAUGUGGGCCAUGUGAAGAAGAUGCCUUGGAACUGCUACACCAGCUCCAGCUGCAUUGCGAGCCACCCCAGCUUCGAGGGCCAUGUGGGAUGCCUCUCCCACCACUACUACGGCCACCAAGUCCACAAGGAGGGAUAUAACUCCAUCGUCUUCAACCCCGGUGAUGGCUAUGAGGUCGUCAUUUGGGACAAGCACCAGGUGAAGUCUAUGCGUCAUAUCUAA